UACAAUAUUCUUAUUUAGAAAGACGUUACAUUUGUUGCAAUAAGUGUGCGCAUGUCGCGUGUCACUUUUUACGUUGUUGUCAGUGCGGCCUCAAGGCUGGCGAUGAAGACAUCUUGGCGGGUACUAUAUUUACUGUUAGUGAAGAGAGUGAGCCACUAACAACACAAUGGCAGCGAUGGAAAGCAAAGCACCGCUGCGGACCGCCCGUAGGGUGCAGUUUGGUAUCCUCAGUCCAGAUGAGAUAAGGCGAAUGUCUGCCACAGAAGGAGGAAUCAAGUACUCAGAAGUAUAUGAAAAUGGCCGACCCAAGCUAGGAGGGCUGAUGGAUCCUCGACAAGGGUGUAUAGACCGGAACACCCGCUGCACCACAUGUGCUGGCAACAUGACAGACUGCCCAGGACAUUUUGGUCAUCUGGACCUUGCCAAACCUGUGUUCCAUGUUGGCUUUCUUACCAAAACUAUGAAGAUCUUGAGAUGUGUGUGCUUCUACUGCAGUAAAUUGCUCUUCAAUGCUCAAUACCCCAAGAUUCGUGAAAUCGUGACCAAAUCAAAGGGUCAACCCAGAAAGCGUCUACAGCAUGUGUACAAUCUGUGUAAGGGGAAGAUGAUCUGUGAGGGUGGAGAUGAGAUUGAUGUGAACAAGGAAGCUGAGGAUCCUUCAAUAGCAAAGAAAGGUGGAGGUCAUGGUGGCUGUGGUCGGUACCAGCCAAAUAUCAAGCGUUUGGGUCUGGAGCUGAUCGCUGAGUGGAAGCAUGUCAAUGAAGACACACAGGAGCGUAAGCAGAUCCUCACUGCUGAGCGUGUCUUUGAAAUCUUCAAGCACAUCUCAGAUGAGGAAUGCUACCUGCUGGGCAUGGAUCCCAAGUAUGCCCGUCCAGACUGGAUGAUCUUGACUGUUCUGCCAGUACCUCCGCUGCCUGUGCGCCCAGCUGUGGUGAUGCAUGGCUCAGCCCGUAACCAGGAUGAUCUCACGCACAAGCUGGCUGAUAUCAUCAAGGCUAAUAAUGAGCUUAUUCGUAAUGAACAGGCUGGUGCUGCUGCUCAUAUCAUUGUUGAGAAUCUGAAGAUGCUGCAGUUCCAUGUAGCCACACUGACAGACAAUGAUAUGCCUGGAAUGCCAAGAGCACUGCAGAAGUCUGGCAGACCCUUAAAGGCUAUCAAAGCCCGGCUGAAGGGAAAAGAAGGCAGGAUUCGUGGUAACCUUAUGGGAAAGCGUGUUGACUUUUCUGCACGUACUGUCAUCACAGCUGAUCCUAACCUGCGCAUUGACCAGGUUGGGGUGCCACGCUCCAUUGCCCAAAAUCUUACCUACCCAGAGAUUGUAACACCUUUCAAUAUGACAAAAAUGAUGGAAUUAGUAAAGCGUGGUAACAACCAGUAUCCUGGUGCUAAGUACAUUGUACGUGACAAUGGGGCACGUAUUGAUCUGCGUUAUCACCCUAAGCCAUCAGAUCUUCAUCUGCAGUGUGGAUACAAAGUGGAACGACACAUCACUGACGGAGACCUUGUCAUUUUCAACCGUCAACCCACACUGCAUAAAAUGUCCAUGAUGGGCCACAGGGUUAAGGUUCUGCCAUGGUCAACAUUCCGCAUGAACCUGUCUGUAACAUCACCCUACAAUGCUGACUUUGAUGGAGACGAAAUGAACCUUCACGUGCCACAGAGCAUGGAGACGAGGGCAGAAAUUGAGAACCUUCACGUAACACCUCGCAUGAUCAUCACUCCUCAAGCCAACAAGCCUGUCAUGGGUAUUGUGCAGGACACUCUUACUGCUGUCAGAAAAAUGACUAAGAGGGAUGUGUUUUUGGAAAAGUCUGAAAUGAUGAACUUGCUGAUGUUCCUGCCCAUCUGGGAUGGUCGUAUGCCUCAACCAGCCAUCCUGAAACCCAAGCCUUUGUGGACAGGAAAGCAACUCUUCUCUCUUAUCAUUCCUGGAAACCUUAACCUUGUCAAAACUCAUUCUACUCACCCUGAUGAUGAAGAUGAUGGGCCUUAUGAAUGGAUAUCUCCUGGUGACACAAAGGUGCUUGUAGAGCAUGGCGAGCUGAUCAUGGGUAUCUUGUGCAAGAGGACCCUUGGAGCUUCAUCUGGAUCUAUGUUGCACGUUGCUUGGAUGGAAUUAGGACAUGAAAUUGCUGGCAGAUUCUAUGGUAACAUUCAGACUGUAGUCAAUAAUUGGCUGCUAUUGGAAGGCAUGAGCAUUGGUAUUGGUGACACCAUUUCUGAUCCUGCUACUUACAAGGUUAUCCAGGAGACCAUUCGCAAGGCCAAGGAAGACGUGAUAGAGGUGAUCCACAAGGCUCAUAAUGAUGAGCUAGAGCCUACACCAGGUAACACCUUGAGGCAGACCUUCGAGAACCAGGUGAAUCGCAUAUUGAACGAUGCUCGAGACAAGACUGGUGGAUCUGCUAAGAAGUCACUGACUGAGUACAACAAUCUGAAGGCUAUGGUGGUGUCAGGGUCAAAGGGAUCCAACAUUAAUAUCUCUCAGGUUAUUGCCUGUGUGGGACAACAAAACGUAGAAGGUAAACGUAUUCCCUUUGGCUUCAGAAAAAGGACACUCCCUCACUUCAUUAAGGAUGAUUAUGGUCCCGAAUCCAGAGGCUUUGUAGAAAACUCCUACCUUGCCGGAUUGACACCCUCAGAGUUCUAUUUCCAUGCCAUGGGAGGUCGAGAGGGUCUCAUUGAUACUGCUGUGAAGACUGCAGAAACAGGUUACAUCCAGCGACGACUGAUCAAGGCUAUGGAAAGCGUGAUGGUAAACUACGAUGGGACCGUGAGGAACAGUGUGAGUCAGGUUAUUCAGCUGAGGUAUGGAGAGGAUGGUCUGGCUGGUGAGUAUGUGGAGUUCCAGAAGAUGCCCACUGUCAAGCAGUCUAACCGACGGUUUGAGGAGAACUACCGCUUUGACGUUACAAAUGAGAGGUAUCUCCGUAGGCUGUUUAAUGAAGAUGUUGUCAGAGAACUGAUUGGAUCACCUGAAGCCAUCAGCAUUUUGGAAGGGGAAUGGCAGAAACUUCAGGAGGACAGAAUUGGACUUCGACAAGUUUUUACCAAAGGAGACACAAAGGUGGUACUUCCUUGUAACUUAGAACGAAUGAUUUGGAAUGUGCAGAAGAUCUUCCACAUCAACAAACGCACCCCCACAGACUUGUCUCCUGUGAGAGUGGUAGAGGGAGUGAGGGAGAUGUUAACCAAGUGCAACAUUGUGACUGGAGAAGACAGAAUCAGUUUACAGGCCAAUGAAAAUGCCACAUUCUGUUUCCAGUGUUUAGUACGAUCAACAUUGUGCACUAAGAAAGUUGCUGAAGAUUACAAGCUCACUACAGAGUCCUUUAACUGGCUUGUUGGUGAAAUUGAAACAAGAUUCCAUCAAGCAAUUGCUGCUCCUGGAGAAAUGGUGGGUGCCCUGGCUGCCCAGUCUCUUGGUGAACCAGCCACUCAGAUGACACUGAACACUUUCCAUUUUGCUGGUGUGUCAUCCAAGAAUGUAACACUUGGUGUGCCCAGGCUUAAGGAAAUUAUCAACAUUAGUAAGAAGCCCAAAGCUCCUUCCCUCACUGUGUUCUUGGUGGGUGCCUCAGCUAGGGAUGCUGAGAAAGCAAAGAAUGUGCUGUGCCGCCUUGAACAUACCACUCUGCGCAAGGUGACAUCAAACACAGCUAUCUACUACGAUCCAGAUCCUCAGAACACUUGCAUUACUGAGGAUCAGGAGUUUGUCAAUGUGUACUAUGAGAUGCCUGACUUUGACGUGUCCAGGAUAUCACCAUGGCUCCUCCGUAUUGAAUUGGAUAGGAAAAAGAUGACAGACAAGAAAUUGACCAUGGAACAGAUUUCACAGAAGAUCAAUUCUGGAUUUGGAGAUGACUUAAACUGCAUCUUUAAUGACGACAAUGCAGAGAAACUUGUGCUUCGAAUUCGUAUCAUUGUGGGUGAUGACAAGCUGGGAGACGAUGCUGAGGAACAGGUUGACAAAAUGGAGGAUGACACCUUCCUGCGAUGUAUUGAGGCCAACAUGUUGAAUGACUUGACCCUGCAGGGUAUUGAAGCCAUCACCAAAGUUUACAUGCACUUGCCACAAACUGAUGAAAAGAAACGUAUCAUCAUUAAUGACCAGGGAGAAUUUAAAGCCAUUGCUGAGUGGCUGCUGGAAACUGAUGGCACUGCCCUCAUGAAGGUCCUUUCUGAAAGGGAUGUAGACCCAGUGCGAACUACGUCCAAUGACAUCCUGGAAGUGUUUGAAGUACUGGGCAUUGAGGCUGUCAGGAAAUGUAUUGAAAAGGAAAUGAAUGCUGUGUUGAUGUUCUACGGUCUCUACGUGAACUACCGACACCUUGCCCUGCUGUGUGACGUGAUGACUAGCAAGGGUCAUCUCAUGGCCAUCACCCGCCACGGCAUCAAUAGGCAGGACACAGGAGCUCUCAUGAAGUGUUCCUUUGAGGAAUCUGUAGAUGUGUUGAUGGAGGCUGCUUCCUGUGCUGAGGUGGAUCCUAUCAGAGGUGUGUCUGAAAACAUUAUGCUGGGACAGCUACCAAAGAUUGGCACUGGUUCAUUUGAUUUGGUGCUAGAUGAUGCCAAGUGCAAGUUGGGUAUGGAAAUCCCUAUGCCUGGCUCUGGCAUGAUGAUGGGUGGUGGCAUCUUUGGUGCUGCAUCCCCACCAUCUGGCAUGACUCCUGCCCAGACUCCUUGGGCCUCAGGUGCCACACCUUCCAUGUCACCCUAUGGUGCUUGGACACCUGGUGUUGGCAGUGGCAUGACCCCUGGUGGACCAUCCUUCUCGCCUGCUGCUGCCAGUGAAACCACAGGAUUGUCACCAGGCUAUUCACCUGCCUGGUCUCCUCAGCCUGGCAGUCCUGGAUCCCCUGGAGGCGUUAGCCCUUACUACCCAAGUCCUGCCCCUCUGUCUCCUUCAUAUUCACCAUCUUCACCUGCUUAUCAGCCUACUUCCCCUACAAUGACACCAGCCUCUCCUGGAUACUCUCCAACAUCACCAACAUACAGUCCCACCAGUCCUCAGUACUCCCCAACAUCACCACAGUAUUCCCCUACCAGUCCUUCUUAUUCACCCACUUCUCCAUCAUAUAGUCCCACCUCCCCAUCAUACUCCCCAACCUCACCCUCCUACUCCCCAACCUCACCCUCCUACAGCCCCACCUCACCUUCAUACUCUCCCACUUCUCCAUCGUAUUCACCAACCUCACCUUCUUACUCCCCUACCAGUCCUUCUUAUUCUCCAACUUCUCCCAGCUACAGCCCCACUUCCCCAUCCUACUCCCCAACAUCACCAUCCUACUCCCCAACAUCACCAUCUUAUUCACCAACCAGCCCCUCAUAUUCCCCAACUUCACCCAGCUAUGCUCCCAAUUACUCUCCAUCAUCACCAGGUUACUCCCCAACAAGUCCCUCUUACUCCCCAACCAGUCCUUCUUAUUCACCCACAUCCCCUCAAUAUUCCCCUGCCUCCCCAUCUUACUCUCCAUCUUCUCCCAAAUACUCCCCCACAAGUCCCAACUACUCUCCUACAAGCCCUACUUAUUCACCAGGAUCACCAUCUUACUCCCCCACCUCACCUAAAUACUCCCCAACCAGUCCCACUUACUCCCCAACCUCACCAUCAUACUCCCCAUCCUCCCCAAAAUAUUCCCCAACUUCACCCAAUUACUCUCCCUCUUCACCCAAGUACUCCCCUACUUCCCCAACCUAUAGUCCGUCCAGUCCCCAAUACAGCCCAUCCAGCCCCAAAUACUCCCCUACCUCUCCAACAUACAGCCCCAGCAGUCCCAAGUAUUCCCCAACCAGCCCCACCUACAGUCCAACCACACCUGGCUACAGUCCCACCUCCCCUCUUUACUCUCCGAGCUACGAGGAGGAGGAGGAAGAGCAACGCCGCAAGCAGAAAAAGAAGUCCAAGCGUUAAACUGUUCUCAACGCCACACAAGUGGGUCCAUCUCUUUGAUGUACACAGAGUUAUCAUCUAUCACAGAAGCAAGCAGAUCACAUCAUAUCUUUGUAGUCUUGCAUUCUGUUUGCUUCUGUGUGGUCCUUUAUUUUUGCACUUUUCCCUCACCGUAUGUGAUAAUUGUAAAAGUGUAUCUCAGUAUGUAUUUGUUCACUAGGUAGCAUGUUUCUUAUAAUGCUCUUAGUUUUACAGAUAUUUUGUCACAAUGUGGUUUACAUGAAUUUGCAUAAAUAGGUGGGCCUUUGGUGGUUUUGGGGUAUUGUGCAGUACUAUGGUAUAUUAUAUAUUUGCUUUCUUUACAAAAUAUUUUGUCAUUUAUAAAAGCAAAAAUUUCAUUCUAUGCCUGGGUAUACUUGUAGGUGGUAUUCAUAUUGUAUGUUAGUCUUCAUGGUUUUCCCAUAAUUUUUCUACACAAUAAUUGUGCAGCUGUGUUGGACAUCUCAUAAUUCUGUUCAUAAUUUCAAAGGCACAUACAGUACAUAUAUCUCCAAUAAACUUUAUAAUGUAUAUUUAUAUUUUAAGAUACCUUUAGAUCCUAAUUAGAUUUUAAGUAAAAAUGUUAGAUGCAUAUUAAAAUAAAGAAAAUCAAAGA